AUGUAUACCCUUCGAAGGGGACCCCUCAACAGGGGUGUCAUCAGCCCUCUGUACAAGUUUUCUACCCGAGGGAUUAACACAGGCACAGGAGACAAUGCAGAACCGGGUAGAGAGGCUAACCUUGCUGCCACCACCCCUGACGUGGAACGCCUGCUGGUGAGGUACAAAAACCUUGGGACUAAAGACAAAGUCAACCUAAUCACUACCCACCUACGCAAUGUAACCGAUGCGGAUGUUAGUAUGAUAUACAAUUUCGCGAGGGAAAAGCAGCCCGUCAGGGGAAUCCCCCAGAAGGAACACGACGAACAGGAAAGGAAAAGAAAGUUAAAAACGAUCAAGAUACAAAAACCAGCAUUCAUGCAGCAAAGAAGUAGUAAAAAAACUUCGCGCAAUAAUUUGGCGUUCAAAAAUGAUUACAAUAGUAACGAGUACGUGGACUGCAUGGAGAAGGAGAAAGAGUUGAAGGGGGCAGAGCAGUACACACUCAUUGAGGACUUGUACAAGGCAUACAUAUACAGUAGAGCCUUCACCACCUUGUACAACCAGUACAGAACCAGACAUACCAUAUCGAAUGACUUUCUACAUGUCAUGAUUCGUGCGAUAAGGAGUUCCAUCCUAGAGAGAGUGAACCCUACCCUGGUGAAUGAGUUUGCUCACUUCACAAAUCCUUAUAUGCUUAUGAAACAUGCAUUAGAAAAUUUUAUCCUCCAUGGGCAUGUAAAGAACCCAUAUGAGGAGUCGCUCAUUUCAGAGCACCUCAAGAGGAAGACUUAUAUGAACGUUUUAAAACUGGACAGUGCCGAGGUGCCCGUGGAGGUAUAUGAACCUCUGGCUUCCUUUCGAGGGGAUAUACAUUACAACCACGAUGUUCGGGAGAAAUUUGCCACUAUCAUUAGAACCCAGUUAGACAUACUUGAUGUGGUGACUGGGGGAGAAGCAGGCGGAAGAGGCACAGACACGAUGAGUAGCGCGGAGGGUGAUAAGGCUACUCCACAUACCGCGUCCACUCCUGCCCAACUGAACGCAGUACUACGAAUCCUCCCUGAGAACGCCCGCGCGCAAUUCCAAAAUUACCCCUUUGAUAAUCUCAAGGCGUUGAAGACCCAAAUGAGAAAAAAGUACAUGGGGGGCAUUAAAAACAGCAAGCCGAUUAAUGUGGAAGAUGAAGAAUUGAGCCAUAUGAGGUACCCAAACCUACAAUCCGUUGCACAUUCAUUACCUACAGAUUCAAAAUAUAGAGCCAACGUUAUACACGCAAUUAAAGUUUUAGAGCGGUCUAAACAUUGGGACCACGCCAGUAAAAUUAAAGCUAUAAAUACUCUAGUCGAUGUGUGGAAUAAUAUGCACUCCAGUGAACAUUAUGAAAACCUCCUAGAUAAGUGCCUCCCUGUUAUUUACACAAAGGACAUGGUGCGUAAAACCAAGACGAGGCAGGACACAUACAACCGAGGCCUUGUCUACAUACAGUCCCUCACCACGCAGAAGCCCCUGGGAGCGCGCCAGAAAAAGGGCUAA